GUACGGUCUUAAUUCUCUCUUUCUCUCUCUCUCGUCAAAAAGUUGAAAGAGAAAAUGGAGGAGACGCGGAAGAAAGAAGGCGAGAGGGAAAGAGAUACGGCGGUAGCGAAGGAAAUGACGACGCAGAUGAUAAUCUCCGGAGAAGACGCUAACGAGGACGAGUAUACCCCUGACGAAAUCAUGCAGCUCGUUGAGUCUUCUUCACCGACGACGACGAACAUUGACGGAGCUAACUUUUCCGGUGAGGAGCGUUUCAGAGUGAGGUUUAUCGACGAUCCGUACGCCGUUCCGGUGGUUGUUCAGUCAUCUACGGGUUACGUCACGAUCAACGUCAACGGGGAAAGCUGUGGUCCGUCGUUUUCGGACAGCAACGCUUCCGCUAUGGCUAGCGUCGACGCGAGCGGUCUGUUCGGUUGCUGCCUUGGUUUGAACGGCGCGUGGAGUACAAACGAGGUAAUAGCGAAUGAGAAUGAGUGUGAGUGGGACGACGAAUUGCUGGCGAGGUUUCUAGGUGAAGACAGUGUUUGACCAAUGUGUCGUCUUGCGGAGAAAGCUUUUAAGUGCUUGGGGGGUAUUUUGGUCAAUGCGAUGGACUGUCAUUAAGUGAAAAUUGGUUUACAUUACAGUUACAUGUUGUUAAUAGGGACCUACAAAAUGGAAAAUCAGUUAAUGGUAGUAAAACUAGACUAGUUAGCAUCUACGUAGUUUAUUGUCACCAUUUUGGUAAAUCAUGUCACAUGGUGGUGGUACUAAUGAGUAAUGAGUAAUAUCUUUAGGCCUAGGGAGCUAUUUUGUAAAUUUCAAUAGUAUUAAAUGCACCCAUGAAAUUAUGUACAAAUAAAUGCUUUAUUUACAAAUGAACUAGAUUUUGACCCAA